AUGGGAUCGCUUACAUCCUGGACCGUGAAUCCCCUUGAGAGGAAGUCGAAGGAGAAAUGGAACUUUGGAGCCACUGUAACUGGCGUUGACCUGAACAACAUCCCUUCCGAUGAUAUCAAAAUCCUCAGGGAUGAGGUGUGGCGUCACAAAGUGGUUAUCAUAAAGGACCAGCACAAACUUGACCCCAAGAAACAAUGGGAUUUGAUCAGAAGCCUCGAUCCGGAAACCACUGACGAGGGAAAAGGCUCAAAUGACCAUCGCAAUGGGUUGCUCACUCGAGCAAGAUGUAUCCCUGGAGCCGGAAAUGUUCGUGUCUUUGGCAAGGGAUAUCUGGGCGAGGAUCAUCACGGCUACAAGAACCUGACACUUGACCGAUUCCUCAACCAUCAGUGGCAUAUCUCGCCGCCAUCGAAGGAAGCCUUUGAGAGUGGACUCACUCGGUUCCAGCGGUGGCACUUCGAUGCGCCACUGUACGGGGAUGAGCCGACGUGGUUUACAUGUCUUCAUAUUGUCAAACAGCCUAGAGGACCGGAUCUUACAGUUGAAUGGGCUGAUGGGUCUGGUCUUACCAUGAAGAUACCGCCUGGACGGACUGCUUUCUUCAGCUCGGUGCAGCUAUAUGACAUGCUAAGUUUGGAAGAGAAGAACCUGGUCGAUCAUAGCUGGGUGGAGUAUGCACCUCAUCCAUUCAAGUGGAUUCAACAUUGCAAGAGCCAAAAUACCGGUCUUGGUAUUGUGGGUGGUGGUCAUCUUCCCGAGGAGGAGCUUGAAAACUACGAUCCCACUGCAGUAAAGAGGUACCCCAUGGUAUGGGUCAAUAGUCUUACUGGGGAAAGAGCCUUCCAGGUUCACGGCAUCUGUGUCCGGAAGCUCUACCUGCGCAACUCACUGGAUGAGCAACCUCGUAUCGUUGAGGAUAUCACGGAAAUCCAAGACUUUGUUCUAGGCAUCCAAAAUCGGAUUCUCAAGCCUGAAUAUAUCUUGCCUGCGCCGGCCGAGGAAGGAGACCUGGUUAUUUGGGAUAAUUAUAGCCUCUUCCACACUGCUAUCGAUUAUCCUGAGAGGUACGGGCCCAAAGCCUUCCAUAAAGCGGAUUCCGGGGGCAGCGCUGGUCCAAAGGGUCCUGUACAGAUCCCCAUGUCUGAGUAG